AAGCAUUUGUUGUCGUUCAGUGGUCGAGCUCGUAUCUUCGGUCAGCGCCUCGGGCGAGUUAGCUUGCUUUUUUUUCGUCUUCACCUGCAUUUUCGUUCUCUUGCGCGACGGGUUGUUUCUGCCCGUGCAAAAACUACAAAUCCGGAGGGAUCUCGUUGUAAUGUACCUGCAGGACCUGGCAAACUUCGCAUCCAUGCAUAAAGAAAGCGGCAACGACGUCGAUUGCAACGAUGACAACAGCAUCGACUGCGACGACUUUCUGGAUCACGACGAUAGGGAUUCGGACGAAGACACUGAAGAUGCAAGCGAGACGGACAUGGUCAAGCAGCGCGAAGAGGAAUGUACCGAAAUCAAAGAACAAAUGUACAGGGACAAGCUCGCCACUCUGAAAAAGCAGUUGGCACAGCUGAAGGACGACACCCACCCCGAGUAUGUCAAGCGGUUGCGCAAGAUUGAGCAACUCUACCAAGAGCGGCUUUUCAUGAAUGAGGUCUUCCAGUGUCACGAGAUUGAGCGUGUGGAGCUAGAAUACAUCCAGGAGAAAAAGGCAGCUGCCCGGGAGUUUGAAGAGAAGAAGAUAGACCUGCGUGAAUCACUCAUAAUGGAACUGGAAGAGAAACGGCGUAUGGUGGAAUCUGAGAGGAGCACCAUUGAGCUCACCGGAGGUUCCAGCUUGCCGUGGUGUGCAGAUUCCAUGGAGGUGAAGUCUGUGACAACGAGAAAACUACGCAGAAGACCAAAUGAUCCCCUUCCCAUGCCCGAAAAGAGGCGAAAGACUUCACCUACCCAGCUAAACUUCCUCUUGGACGACGGUGAAAUACUCGACGACCUGAAGAUGCUGAACAAGGGGAAGACUCCAUCCCUUAACAAGAGAUUGGACUUUGCAGAAUACGGAAAUGUGGAUCAUGGUUCACACGCAAUUGAGGCCCGUAUAGAGGAUGGCAAGCUAUUCUACGAGAGGAAAUGUUAUCAAAGGGGCCAGUCCGUCUGCGUGGAUUCGAAAGACAUGGGCCGUUUCUUCGGCGUCAUCUCAGCGGUGGGCACGUCAGAAUUGUGGGUUAAGAAAACCAGCGACAGCGGCAAAGUCAAGAUCCAUCUGUCUCAGCUUCUGAAAGGGAAGGUCAUCUUGCGGAGGAAGUCUGCAUGCUGACAUCACAUUUAGGCGCAGACAGAACUUCAUGUACAUAGCACAUACCUUUACCAAGUUCAAUAUUAAAACACCAGUGUACAUUACCAUUUUAUGUAAA